AGUUGCUGAGCAAACGUCAUGAAAUACUUUCAAAUUUUAAUUUCUUUCCUUCUCCUUGCUGUAACUGCUGCUUUCUACUUUACAGACGAUGAAGACUUUGGUAUACCAAUAGCCGGUAAACGAUCAAACAAGUUUGAAAAACUUUUGAAAUUCAAACCCUAUGAUUCGAACGGAGAUGGAUUUCUUACCGAGCAAGAGUUUGCUAAAUUGUUAAAAUCAAAGUUUCGAUUGGCUGUUACUAGAAUUCUAUUCAAACUGAUGGAUACUAAUCAGGAUAGAGUCUUAAAUUCAGCUGAGUUGAAGAAAUAUUUUCAAGCUUGAAAGGAGAUAUUGUUCUGGUCCUCCCCCUCUUCUACCUUCUACUUCUCUUCCCUUUCCCCAAGAUAAAGACUUUGUACUAUUUCUUGAAUAUUCCUCAUAAUGCCGCAUAAAAUAAUUCGUUUUCAAUAUUAAUAUUCUUUCAUGAAUUGAAAUAUAGUUAAGAGAUUUUUAAUUGCGUUUAAAUAAAACUAAAAUGUGAAUGUUUGAAUAUUCAAAAAGAAUUAUGAAUUGAAUAUACCCUGAUAUGAAAUCAUAAGUGUUAGUCUCUUUAUGUCAGUUUCGUUUGAAAGAAGUCAAAAAGUCAUAUUUACACUAUUUUUAUGAUAUAAUUACUAAAGUAGCUAAUUAAGUAUAAUUUUCAGCGCAAGUAAUUAAACUCUUUUAGGCCUCUAAAAUUACAUACAUUUAUGCCAUUUAACAAAAAUGGAAUUUUCUAACAUAUAUAUGUAUUAAAGACAAUUAGAUCAAGAACAUUAUUCAUCAUAAAGGAAAACAUGGCUCAGACUUCUUGGACAGAUUCAUGCGGAUUUUCAAUUUUCAUAACAAUUUUAAUCAUGUUACUUUUAAUUGGAAUAAUAAUCUUAAUUACAUUCUUUUUUUGGAGAAGACGUAUUAAACAAAAGAAAUUAUUGAAACAAAAGAAGAAGAUACAAACAUCUAAAAAUUUUAAAAAAGUGUUAAGUACAGAGGAUAGAAACGAACCGAUUUAUGAAAGUGUAGAUAUGGAAUCGGAAAAUGAAAAUAAAUACAACAGUUUGUCGGAAAACUACAUAGAAAUCUUAUCUUGAUAUAUAACAUUGUGUAUAUUUCGUUUUGUAAUUUAAAGAAAAAUUUUAAUACAAAAGACUAUUACACAAUACGCCUUGGAUUAUUUAUUUUUAAUUUGAUGAACUGUUCAUCAUCUUCUUCUAUGAUUGUACCGCCUACAAAAGAAUAUUCCCUAUUUUUAUUGCCAUUCAAGUCAUUUGAAAAAGUUUCAGAGAUAGAAUGAUAUUUUCUUGAGGGUAAAAGGAAUAAUUUCAAUAGAGUAUACCCACCAUUGUAGCAAUAGUAAAUUAUAAAAUAAAAGAGGGAAAUUGUUAGUGGUACUAUUCCAAAAGACCAUCCUAAACCUAUACUCCAGGCAGGAAACUUAUAAUUAUCUAUUUUAAUUGAUUCGAAAUUAAUUGAAAUUAAUAUAAGAACUGUAAAUAAACUUAAAGGAGUUAAAUAUUUCCAGCAAAUUUUCCAAUAUAAUGCUGGUUUCUUUCCUAACAUCAUUUUAUAAUUUUUCUCUACAUUAUCAUAGCCGUAUGAGUAAAUAAUAAUCAAGAUAAUGCUAAAGCCCAUCAAGAAGUUGGGAAAAGUAGCAGCAUAAUGAUCGAAUAUAGCUAAUAUAUAAAUUCCUGCACCUGUUGCCAUUGGAAGUGAUAGAAUGGAUAGAAAGCUAAAAAGACAAAAUUUAAAAAGACCUAUUUUAAUAAAUGAUUUAGAAAUACUGGGCCACAAAUCUGUGAUCGAGCUGGAUAAUGCUUCUAAAGAAGGUAACAUACUACUAAUACCCAGCGUAAGCAUCAUCGAAAAGAAUAAGACUGCCCAUAAUGCCGGUAAAGGCAUUCUUGAGAUAGCCUCUGGGUACACUUCAAAUACAAGACCAGGUCCAUUAGUGGCGACAUCUUCAACAAGAGUUUGUCUUUCAUGAGCAAUGAAUCCUAGUGUACUAAACACGACAAACCCAGCCAAUAAAGACGUUAAACUGUUAAUUACGGUAAUAACAAGAGCAUCUUUGAGGCAAUUAUGAUGAAAAUCAUUGUACGAGGCCAUAACUAUGUUCGUGGGAUCCACCGCACCCAUUGAAAAUAUAACUUGACUUGCUGCAAUAUACCAUACACGUAUGUUUAAAAGUUUAGAAAAGUCGGGUUUGAGUAAAUAAAAUAUUCCAUCAAGAAAUCCAGGUAAAGUACAACUUCUAAUCAAGAGGGCAAACAACAUGAAAUAAGGAAAAAUCGAGAAGAAGUAUGCAGCUUUCCCCAAUGACCUUAUUCCUUUAAUAAGUAAGAUGAAAGAUAGCAUGUAUCUAAAUAAUAAUCCCAGCGAUAAUUUCCAAGAAAGGCCUGAAAAGUCUUCUAAACCAGAUGAUUUCUCAAGUAUAUAGUUAUUGUAAUAUUCUUGUACUGCUGUUACAGAGUUGUUUGAAAGGCUUAAAGCUUGAUGCGUAGUAAAAUUCUUUGUAUUCCCGAUUUCUGUACAAUUUUCAGUAUUCCAGGUAUUAUUACAUCCAUUCCAAGGAAUACCAUGAAAAAUUGAUACUACAGAAGCGAAAAAGUAAACAGCAACUUGAGAUGCUAAAAUAGAAUAACCACAUCCAAUUACAAAGUUUAUCCAAAAGAUAGCAUAUCCUAUUCCUUUACAUAUUGGACUAAUUCUCCACAUUUGUAGUAAGCCCAACUUUGAAAACUGGCCAAAAACGAAUAAUAGAAAAUAGCAUGGUAAACCCAUAACAGCAAUUAAAAUAAAAUAAGGGACAAGAAAUGCACCUCCUCCAUAUUGAUAGCAUAUAUAGGGAAAUCUCCAUAUAUUACCGAAACCAACGGCAUAGCCUAUACACGUAAACAUAAAAUCUAAUUUAUUUCCCCAUUUGAUUCUCUCUCCAAUUCUCUCUUCAAAAACCUGAACUCUCCCUGGAAGAAACUUAUUGUUUUCUUCCACAUGUUCGACACUUUUGGAUGACAUAUCCUUUGGCUGUUCAGAUUUCUGAAUGAAAGUUCUCAAUAUUU